CAUGGAGCGACUAGUCUCAACACGUGCCAAUACACGCUCGUCACUAGCUUGUCUCGAGUGUCGGACAAAGCAUGUGAAAUGCGACGCUAAACAGCCGCGAUGCAGUCGGUGCAUGGCAUAUGAUAAGACGUGCCAGUAUACAGCUUCAAGACGCGGUGGCCUUGAUCGAGCUGCUUUGACUGAAAGGCGAAGACGUCUGGCUAAUAAGGCUGAUGCGCAGCUGGAGAAUGUUGUGUCGGAGACAUCUGUGGCUGUAUCUGAUGAGGGAAUCAAUUUGGGCGGUGAAUCUGCGACUGGGGCGGAUUGCAUGGAGGUUUUUCAACAUGCGAGCUUACCCGCCCCAACACCAGUACCAGAGAACCGCGAAACACCGCAUUUCGGCCAUGGAAGUCUCACCGAUGAUGCUCUGGUCAAGUCGUACUAUACCAACUUUCACCACUUGCACCCUUUCGCUCCCCCAUUCAAGCACUUGGUCCAACUAUCCCAAACAUCGGCUUUCAACUUUAAUCCCCUCAUAGCUUCCAUGCGGCUGAUUGGGCAUAUCUAUGACACCCACCAAUGGUCAGAAUCACUAAGUAGCGCCGUCGAGGCUCAAAUAUCACAGCUUAAACCAUCAGAUCCAGUGCAAGUCCAGGCUCGCCUGCUGUACUCCAUCGCUUUGUUUUGGUAUACCUUUAAGGCUGAAGCAAAAGAUCAGAUGGAUGCUGCAAUUGAUGUUGCUCUCGGACUGGAAAUGCAGAAGCAGGAGUUCGCUGUUACAUUCGGAUUCAGAGACCCGGUCAUGAUUGAAUGCUGGAGACGAACGUGGUGGAUGCUAUUCAUCGUGGAUGCUUCCUACGCUGGAACACUGGGGACGAUGAACUUCAAAACAUUACAUGUCGAACCUACCGCGGAACUUCCUUGUGAAGAGUCAGAUUAUGAAUCAGGUACAGUUCCUGCACCAAAGACUUUACAGGACUUUGAUUCUCGCGAGUUCGAUAGCGAAGACGUGGUAUUCUCGUCCUUCGCCUAUCUCAUCGGUGCAGUGCGCUGUGCAGCACAAGUCAUUUGCAUGUCACCAAAAAGGGCGACAAGAGAAGAUUCAGAGGCCAUCAUACAAUCCGCUGACUCGGCAUUCGAUGCCUGGCUACUGCUACUGCCCAAAGACAAAAAGCCAGUGCUGAAGCAAGACGGGACUAUUGAUGAAUUGAUGUUUCAAGCUCACUUGCUUAUUCAUGUUGCAACUAUUGGUAUACACAGACCGUUAUCGGAUCUGAGAUUCAACCCCGUUGAGAAAGUAUCCAGUUGCGCUCGAGAACCACCAUCAGAUACACCGAAGCCAGAUCUCAUCAACGUACACACAACUAGAAUUCUCAAGUCAGUCAAUGCACAGAUCCAGCUCUUGGCUUUACCGGUCCGCCCAUUCCACCACACGCCUUUCACGACAUGCAUGGUUAGCGAAGGGACUCUCGCCCUUCUAUCGGCUUGUACCUACCUGCUCAAAGAUCAAGCUUUGGCAGUAGCGCGAGAUCAGAUCCGUUUGACUAUCGGAUGUCUCAAAGCCGUAGGCGAGGUUUGGCCAAGGACGGCGAGGAAUGUGAAAGAGAUACAGACUAUCGCUCGUCAUGUUUUGGGACUUGGAGGGAGUAGUGGGGAUGUCGGGAGUACUCCAGGGUCGAAUCAGGUCCCGAGUUUAACGCAAAGCGAGGGAGAAGGAAGCAUGGAUUCUCUACCGACGAUGGACCAGGAUGAUAAUGUUUUUGCGUCUCUGGGGUCGUUUGAGGAUAUAUGCGGAUGGAUCAACAUGGGCGUGGAGCUGGAUUCUAGCUGGAUUGAAUGA